GACUGCAAUUCUACUGAAACUGCGCUUCGUCCUCCACGCCUACACCACUACCCGACUGCUUCAAUUAUAUUAUUUCCCCCGUGCUGUUGCGUUGAUAUAGCUUCACUCUUCAUUCUCCAUUUAUACGCCUACGCAUCAUUGCCAUCAUCGUCGCUGCCACGUUCUUCCCGCCGCUGGUCUAUCGAUAACCCCACAAACCCCACAUCCGUCCCACUCCAGGCCUCAACAUCAAACCCUCAGCAAACCACGACCGCAGGCAGCGAGGGUUGAAGCUAUAUUGGAAGCUUGCGAGCUGCGAUUGCCCUUUCUACACCUCUCGAACGAGCACGACAGACGCGUUCUCGUGACACAGAAAACACCCGAAGCCGUCGUCGCCGCUUGGUGCGGACAGGAGACAGCGGGUCCCAGAUCCCGACACAUCGAACCUUCACGAGGAAACAUUGCCUGUCGAGCUCCUGCACGGUCUGCUUCACGUCCAAAGAGACUGCUGUGCCGGCUCCUAGCUGGCGGACAGCACGCCUGACGGGCGGCCAGACGGCCCUCGAUCGCAAACGGACAUUGUCUCCGUGGAUAGCACGACGACCUCGACACCACGAUCAGGACACCACGAUCAGGAUGAGACGGGGUAAAGGCAGCGGAUCGCCGUUUAGAGGCAGCGGCGCACCCAUACCUGAUUCGCUCUCCCUGAUCAGGUCUUUCAAUGUCGACACGAACCCCGCCAGGCCGGUGCGGCCUUCGCCACUCGGAGUGUCAAUGAUACCAGAUAUGCCGCUCGACUUGGUCGACCGUAUACGCUCCUUCCCUCUGUUCCUAUCGGCGCCCGACUCCUUCCUCGCAGCAAUUGGUAAACAUCUGCGACCUCAGGCCCACGCGUCGCACGAUCACAUCUUGACAGAGGGCGAUGACGCAAAGGCGAUGUACUGGCUCGUCCGAGGCGUUGUUGCCGUAACAUCACGAGAUGGUGAAGCUACCUACGCCGAAUUAAAGCCCGGAGCCUUCUUCGGCGAGAUUGGCAUUCUAAUGGAUGUACCGCGCACUGCGACAAUUAUCGCGCGAACAAAAUGUCUUCUCGUCGUGCUGAAGAAGGAAGAUCUACGCGCAGAGCUGCCUAAAUUCCCGGAGAUGGAGAAGGCCAUUCGCGAAGAAGCACAAGAGAGAUUGACCAUUUUGAAUAAGAAGAGGAAAGAGAGCGGAUUUGGACCGACGAUUUAUACAACGUUGCCAUCGCGCGGGGGAAAGAAUGCGGCAAGAGAGGCUGCACCCGGCGAGGUUUCGCUAGGCGACACGGGAUCUAUCGAGCAAGGCAGCGUUGUUAAUCAUAAGAAGAGAAAGUCACCUAGCCCAGGAGUUAUUGACGAUCCCACAUUGAGCGCGUUGGGCAGCGGGUUUGUUAGCAUUAGGAAGACAUUGAAGGAGCUACCUCUGUUCUCGUCGCUACCGCCGGAGAUUCUGCAUUUUCUUGGAUUGAGCGCUCAGCCGCGGACAUACCCACCGUUUACGGACAUAAUACAGCAGGGUUCUGUCGGAAAUGACAUCUAUUUUAUUGUGCGAGGAGAGGCGGAGGUAAUACGGAUGACGAUGGAAGAUGGCGAGAUCACAGAGAUGCUCGAGAGCUCCCGCAUGCGCCCGCGCCUAAAGCAGGGCCAGUAUUUUGGAGAAGUUGCGAGUCUAGCACUGGCACCGAGGCGGACGGCUACGGUGCGCGCGAUUACUGUAGUGGAAUGUCUAAUGAUUGGUGGGGAUGUUUUAGAAGAGCUCUGGAGGAGGUGUUUGCCUGAUAUCCGGAAGCAGGUUGAGGCAACUGCUAAGGCUAGAUAUGGGCGGCCAAAGGAUGAGGACGUAUUGAUGACGGGCGUCGAUAGUACAACGCCCUCUAUUAAGGGUCUCAAAAUUGCUGAUCGGUCGCCCAAGUCUAAGGUCCGGGAUCUUCCCCGGGUUACAUUUACACCAUCGAAGCCGCUCAGUCCACCGCACCAGACCAACCUGCUGGAGGAGAAAGACAAUGUUGAGUCAACAGACACGGACCCAGACCCAUUCCUAAGUAUUGAUAUGGAUAAUAUGAGGUCAAGAAUGAGCCGCCGGUCAUCGUGGGCACCGAUCCCUCCGGAAUUUAUAUCGUCUGAGAACGAAUCAGAGGAGGCAGAACCGCAGAUAACUCGAUUGCCAGGCUCAUCGCCACUAUCAUUUACACACCCAAUUACUCCGCCACAAGAGUCACAGUUAAGAUCAAAGAGGCCUCGGACUGUGCAUCGACGACCAAGCGAGUUCAGCCAAGGGGUACUACCCGACAAAGUUCUAGUCAACGUCUUCAAAAAUCUCGAUAUCUACCACCUACUGCGCCUCCGUCAGGUGUCCCUACACUGGCAGAAGCUCCUUUCUUUCUCGCACGAGCUCGCGCGCGAUCUCGACCUCUCGGCCUAUAGCCGCUACGUCAACGACCAGGUGCUUAUCGACGUCAUCUGCCCGUUCGUGGGUAGCCGCCCCCGCACCGUCGACCUCUCAAACUGCUUCCACAUGACCGAUGAAGGCUUCAACGCCCUCGUCGCCACAUGUGGUGCCAACAUGCAAUCCUGGAAAAUGAAAUCCGUCUGGGACAUCACCGCCAACGCCGUCCUCGAAAUGGCCAACACCGCCAAAGGCCUCGAAGAAAUUGAUCUCAGCAACUGCCGCAAAGUCUCAGACAACCUCCUCGCCCGCAUCGUCGGCUGGGUUAUCUCUGAACCUCCUCCCGGCGCCAGCGCCCGCGCCGCCUCCCGCAACAGAACCACCAACUCGCCCCCUGUAGGCACCGUCGUCGGAUGCCCGAAGCUGAGCCGCCUGACACUCAGCUACUGCAAACACGUCACUGAUCGCUCCAUGGCGCAUCUGGCAGUGCAUGCGCACUCGCGCCUGAGCAGCAUCGAUCUCACGCGCUGCACGACCAUCACGGACGGCGGGUUCCAGCAUUGGAGCAUGUAUCGCUUUGCGAAGCUCGAGAGGCUCAUCUUGGCGGAUUGCACUUACCUGACUGAUAACGCGGUGGUGUACUUGACGAAUGCGGCCAAGGGGCUGAAGGAGCUUGAUUUGUCCUUCUGCUGUGCUCUUUCCGACACCGCCACCGAGGUCCUCUCUCUUGGCUGCCCACAACUCCAAUCCCUCAAGCUCGCCUUCUGUGGUUCCGCCGUCUCUGACUCCUCCCUCCGCUCCAUCGGCCUGCACCUCAUCGAGCUGUCCCUGCUCAGCGUUCGCGGCUGCGUCCGCGUUACCGGCGUCGGCGUCGAGGCCGUCAUCGAAGGAUGCACGCGUCUGAAGGUGCUGGAUGCGAGUCAGUGUAAGAAUCUGGCGAGGUGGCUGGAGGGAGGUGGAGAGGAGAGGGCGAGAAAGCUGUAUAGACGAAGAGUUAGGAUUUUGACGGAGAAGGAAGGGAAUAGUUUGAGGUGAUGUGGACUUGACGGGGAGAGUGGUUUAGAGUGGUUUAGAGUGCUUUGGAUAGGGAUAACAAGGGAGCGAGGAGUUUUUGUCGUUGGGUUGGCGCUGAGAGGGGGUUUUGCUGCAUUUGUUUUGAUUUGGGAAGAGGGGGAG